AUGUUCAUUAUUUAUCUAUCUAUCUUUCAUAUGAUGUUCAUUAUCUAUCUAUCUAUCUAUCUAUCUAUCUAUCUAUCUAUCUAUUAUAUGAUGUUCAUUAUCUAUCUAUCUAUCUAUCUAUCUAUCUAUCUAUCUAUCUAUCUAUCUAGUUUUAUUCUUCCUCUUUUCAAUAACUCCACCUGUUCUUCUAUUUUGUUGUUCUUGUUGCUUCCCUUCUUUCCUUUGAUUCUUACAUUCUUUCACCCAACUCUUUUUUCGAAUCUUUCUCCUUAUUUUUGCUUCAUUUUUUCUCUGUCCGGAUUUACAUAUUCUUUCUUUCUUUCUUUUCGAGUAGUCUUUCUUUCUUUCUUUCUUUCUUUCUUUCUUUCUUUCUUUCUUUCUUUCUUUCUUUCUUUUCCAUUAUUCUUUGUUUGUUUGUCUUUUUCUUUUAUUUCGAGUAGUCUUUCUUUCUUUCUUUCUUUUCCAAUAUUUUCUCUCUCUUUAUUUCUUCAUUUCCCAGUAUUUUUCUUUUCCACUAUUCUUUCUUUCUUUCUUUCUUUCUUUCUUUCUUUAUUUCUUUCUUUUCCAUUAUUCUUUAUUGCUUUCCUUCUUUCUUUUCUAUUAUUCUUUGUUUGUUUGUUUGCCUCUUUCUGUCUUUCUUUCUUUCUUUCUUUUCCAAUUUUCUUUCUUUCUGUUCCAGUAUUCUUUCUUUCAUUCUUUCUUUCUUUCUUUCUUUCUUUCUUUCUUUCUUUCUUUCUUUCUUUUCCAGUUUUCUUUCUUUCCUUCCUUCUUUCUUUCUUUCUUUCUUGCUUUCUUUCUUUCUUUCUUUUCUAG